AUGCAAGACCACAAAAAGAGAGGCCGAAAGGCAAAGGAAGGGGAAAGGCUGGACAAAGCCGACGCGAUUUGCUUCAAGUGUCCGUACACGGCCUGCGAUCUGCACUAUCAGUCCAGCCUUGGAUACAAGCGCCAUCUAAUGUAUUACAAGCACUCCGUUUUUACGCCGUCGAACAAAAAAAUUGUGUGCGGGUACAUGGACUGCCAAGUGACCGAAAACAUACGGGAGCACAUAAGCCGAGACCAUCCGGCAGAGGCUGCCGACCUUCUGGAGGCGCACGAAGCCAUGCUGAAGGUGGGCGAAGAGACCGAGGAAAUCAGCACGUCCGGCCUUAUUGGAGACAUUGUGCACGACGAAGGCCUUUUGGACAUCUCCAAGGUGAUGGAGGAGGGCGGGAUAAUCAGAGACAUUCUUCUGUCCACGUUCCCAAAGGGCGUCACGCAGAUUGUAGACAUGGACACGUUCAGCGAGACAAACCAAACCUUCUACUGCCGGAUCCCGGGCUGCGGCAGGCAGUUCAAAAGCCUCAUGGCGUACAAGUACCACUGUGGAAAGUUCACGCACCUGUUCAAGUCGAUUGUAGACGAAUACACGCGCACGCACGGGCCGCUGGACUACGAGGAGGUAAAAAACAUUUUCCGGCGCAAGUUCAAUCUGGAAAACCGGUUUCUUCUGGAGGGUGUGUCGCACCAUCUCAUGAGGAUGCCGGACCAGCACUACAACGUGAUAUUUACGUUUGACGACGCGCAGAUUGGGCACGAGAAAAGGCGGAUGAAGAAAAGGUCUGCGGAGCCGAUUUCCGAGUUCAGCCUGGGGGGCGACGACAGGCACGACUACGAGGACGAGAUCAUCAAGCGGAUGAAGGAGGACGCGGAGCCCGAGGACAAGUCGCAGUUUAAAAUAGACUCGAUUGUGUUCAACGGCAGGCAGCUCAGGCACCUGCAGAGCUACGAGCAGGGCCGGCUCUCUUUUCUCAACGUGUACCUGGAAACCACGCUUCUGGCUGUUGUGAACGGGCGCGUUUUGGUGGGCACGAAGGGCGAGCAGGAAGAGGACGACGAGCACGCAGAGCCCGGGAAGCCCAGCAACAUAUUCUGCUUUUCGGGGGGAAGCGCCACGUUUUUUGCCUUGAACAAAAAUAAGAUACACAGCGAGAUAGUUGUGGAGGGGCACGGGUUUCCGCGGAAGCUUGUGACUCUUGACGAAGAGGCCGGGACUGUUUUGGUUCUGUUCAACGACGGCGUGCUCAGAGAGCUGAAGAUAUCGAAGGAGAUGCGGCUGGAAAGCAUCACCGAGGUAAAGGCAAAGGCGCAGAUUGUGGACUUUGCUCUGUUCAAGGGGCAGAUUGUGAUAUGCAGCCACCGGGUUCUGACAAACCUCUCCACAAGGAAGGAGCGGCCGUUUGAGUCCCCUAUCAUCUCGGUGGGCACCACAAGCGAGAGCAUUCUCGUUGUAGACUCGAAUGGAAGAACAUACUGCAUAAACGAGCAGUUUGAGGACGUGUGCAGCAUACCGUCCAAGGUGGGGACGAACGCAGUGGCGGGGCUGGGCGAUGAGCACGACCUUCUGUUCAUAAGCAACUCCCUCUACGGGCUGGGCCGGGUGUUUUCGAUGCGCACGGGCGGCAACCUUCUUGUGUCGCCGCACGCAUGCUCGCACGCCAUGCUUAUUAAGCCAGGGUUUAUUAUUUCGUCAGGGCUGGACGGGUCUUUGUGCGUGUCUGCGUACGAGGCAGACCCGAAGGUGUACAUGAAGGUGCUGCGCACAGAAAUCAGAGGAGACGAGCUGUUUAUAGCCACCUCGGAAGAGGAGCACGCGCUUUCCGAGCAGCUCCAGCCGGUGCCGUGCAUCGACUACCGUGUCACAAUACAGGGAAUAGUCAGACACGGAAACAGCUUGGUGGCUGUUCUUACGUGCGGGAUUGUGAUUAUAAUCGACGAGUUUUUCAGAAUUUCAUAA